CGCCUCACCGGGACGGAGUUGUAAAUGGACUCAACCUGCCGGGCUUCGAGGGCACAAUAAAAUUACAGGGUUGGAGCGCAGCGGGGUUGGACGGGGGUUCUUGGAGUUGCGGUCGGCUGGUGCGUCGGUCGGUCGGUGCUUGCCCGUUGCGAUGGAGUGAGAGAGCGAGAGGGCGCACCAUAACUUCAGUCUCGCCAUGAAGUCGGUGUUUUUCAGCCGCUUCUUCAUCCUGCUGCCCUGGGUCCUCAUCGUCAUCAUCAUGAUCGACAUCGACACUAAAAGGACAUUCCGGGUUCCAGCCGCCGGCCGCAGCGGCCGGCCGCAGCAGCGGGCCGCCAGGACGGGCGCGCCGGCGGCGGGGGGCAACCAGAACCAGUCCGCCCUCCCGGUGAUCUACGCCAUCACCCCGACUUACACCCGGCCGGUGCAGAAAGCGGAGCUGACCCGGCUGGCCCACGCCUUCCGCCAGGUGCCCCGGUUUCACUGGAUCGUGGUGGAGGACUCGUCGACGCGCACGGACCUGGUUACGCGCUUCCUCGCCCGGUGCGGCGUGCUGUACACGCACCUGCACGUGUUCACGCCCCGCAGGUUCAAGCGCGCCGGGAUGCCACGCGCCACAGAGCAGAGGAACGUGGCUCUGGCGUGGCUCAGGCAGCACCGGACCGUGCGGGACGCCGGGGUGGUUUUCUUCGCCGAUGACGACAACACGUACAGCCUGGAGCUGUUUGAAGAGAUGCGCAGCACCCGCGGCGUGUCGGUGUGGCCCGUGGGCUUCGUGGGAGGCAGAGCGUACGAGCGCCCCCUGGUGGCCGGGGGCAAAGUGGUGGGCUGGUACACCGGCUGGAGACCGGACCGACCCUUCGCCACCGACAUGGCAGGUUUUGCCGUGAACCUCCGGGUGAUCCUGGCGAACCCGCGGGCGCAGUUCAAGCGCCGCGGCUCCCAGCCGGGGAUGCAGGAGUCGGACUUCCUCAAGCAGAUCACCAAGGUCACCGAGCUGGAGCCCAAGGCCAACAACUGCACCCGGGUGCUGGUCUGGCACACUCGCACCGAGAAGCCACACCUUGGAAACGAGCCCAAACACCGGAAGGACACGGUGCUCAUCGAGGUCUGAGGAGGGAGAGGGAGGAUCACGACCGUGAGCCGGCGUCAGGCCGCCCGUCUGCCCGUCUGCCCGUCUGUCUGUCUGUCUGUCUGUCUGUGUGCCGCCUCUGGGACGGGACUCGGGACAGGAACCUGCCUCUCUCCUCGUUUGGAUAAAACCCUCAAACACUGAACUACAGCCGGAGAAAAAGCUCCUGUUGGACGAGGACGACCGCGAGACGCUGCAUGAUUCAAGACUCUGUGAAACUUUGUCUUUGUGAGGACGGGCGCGCUUGUUUUACAACCCGGGACGAUUUGGACUCCCUUCAUUUCCCCUGUCUGAGGCUUGCUGAUGUUGAAAAAAACAAACAAACAAACAAAAAAAACAAAUGUUGGACUUAAAGGUGCUGUGUGUCAUUUUUCUAACUUCAUGUUGUCAAACUGACUGUGACGCCUCGGUGUGAUUACUGUAAACAGAUGAGACAAGCGCUCCCCUCUCUCUCUCUCAGAAACUCUGAAAUCUGUAACGAGACAUUUUCAUUUCGCCUCUCGCUCAUUUUCUAAAAGUGGGACAGGCGUCGAGGGCGGGGAGUGUGCUGGGAACGCCUAAUUUAAUCCAAAUGAUGAGCAAACUUUGCUAAUCAGAUCAGGAAGACGAGCUCAAAACUGUAUCCAACAUUUCUAAAAACAGGGCAAGUCGGAGCUCGGAGAUCCUUCCCACCUCACACAGACGCAGAAGCUGAUUCUGUCGGACUGUUUCUGGGUAAAAAGCCAGAAUCUGAGGCUCUUCCGCCGCGUUUGAUGUUUGUUCGUCUGAGACCCCGGAGGCAGGCGCGCUCGGCCAAUUAAAGUGAUGAAUGUGAUGCAGGAGGCUCAUCGUAAAUGACGCGGCGUGGACUCUCAGCGGCGAGAAACGGAGAGGAAAAUUAUAAUGGCGGUGUGGGUUCACCGCGGUCACGUGAUCCGUCUCUGCUCGGCGAGAAACGAAGCACAACAGAUCGAACUCCCCUUUAAAUCCUCACCGAGAGGGAAAUAAUG